AUGAUGUGGAGCCGCUUCCACUGGAUGCCUUUUGCCGCCGCCGACGCCGCCAUCCUCGGGCACCUGAUGGCACGCGGCUCGGUCGAUCGCAUUGCGGUGCUCAAUCUGAUGUGUGCUUCCCUUGAACCGGGAGACAUGCAACCAAUCCUGAAUGCGCUCUCCGGCGGUGCUCUGCCUCGGUUGCACUCUCUUCUCCUCAACGGCAACAGCCUCGGCGACCGCUUCUGCAUGAGCUUGGCCGCUUCUGCACGAGCGGGCGUGCUGCAGGCUCUGAGGUUCCUCAACAUGUGCUUCAAUGGCAUCACGGGCAAAGGUGUGACUGCUCUGGCGGGCGCGCUUGCUCAGGGUGCGUUGCCACGGCUGUCAACUCUCGACCUCAGGUGCAACCAGGUCGACGACGCUGGUGUCGAGGCCCUCGCUGAGAGUGGCAAGCAGGGCUGCCGGGCGCUGUCAAAGCUGUCUCUCGCCCGCAACAGCAUCACACCCGUUGGCAUCGAUGCCUUGGCCGCGGCACUGGACAAGGGUGCCUUUCCGGCUUUGGAGUGCCUGUCCGUCCCUACCCCUGUCUCGCAGCUCCCUCGCAUCAAAGAGGCGUGCGAGAAGCGGCAUAUCACACUAGCUGAUCAACUGGCGUGA